UUCAGCUCUCUCCUUGUAUUCCAGCCAACGUGCAGAUUAGACGUGUUUCCCUUGAAGAGUUGUCGUUCUAGUUACUGGGCAUGUGGAAGUAGGUGAAUGCAGUGAGGAGAGAAAAUGGACUGAACAACCUGGAUCCUGGUCCCUGAAAUGUUGUGUGAGGAGGUGACAACAGAGACUCCAGCUGCUCACAGAUCCGGCUUAGAGACAAACCCCAUGGCGAACCCAGAGAAGGGAAACCAAACGUCCAUCACAGAAUUCAUCCUCCUGGGAUUUGGAGCUCUCCAGGAACUGCAGCUCCUUCUCUUCCUGCUGUUCCUAGUGAUCUACAUCAUGACCGUGGCAGGGAACAUCCUCAUCAUAGCGCUAGUUGUGACUGAUCAGCACCUUCACACCCCCAUGUACUUCUUCCUGGGGAACUUGUCCUGUUUGGAGACCUGCUACACCUCGACCAUCCUGCCCAGGAUGCUGGUCGGUCUCCUGACAGGGGACAGGACUAUUUCAUUCAAUGAAUGUGUCACACAAUUUUAUUUUGUUGGUUCUCUGGUUGCUACAGAAUGUCUUCUCUUAUCGGUGAUGUCUUAUGAUCGGUAUUUAGCUAUAUGCAAUCCACUGCACUAUGCAACCCGUAUGAGUCACAGGUCUUACCUGAAGCUCGCAGGUGGCUGUUGGAUAGGUGGCUUCCUAGGUAAUACCAUAAAUAUGUUCUCAAUAUCACAGUUAACGUUCUGUGGCCCCAAUGGUAUUGACCUUUUUUUUUGUGAUCUCAUCCCCCUUGUAAAACUCUCCUGCAAUGACUCUCACCUCAUGGAAAUGGUGACUUUUACACUCACCUUGCUUUUCUCACUGGUCCCAUUCAUGCUUACCUUGAUGUCCUACAUCUGCAUCAUCACCACAAUCCUGAGAAUCCCGUCCACCAUCGGAAGGCAAAAGGCCUUUUCCACCUGCUCCUCCCACCUCAUUGUGGUGAGCAUUUAUUAUGCAACUCUGCUGAUUGUCUACAUGUUCCCUACCACCGACAUCCUGAGGAACUUCAAGAAAGUUCUCUCUGUCGUCUACACAGUCCUGACUCCCCUGGUCAAUCCCCUCAUCUACAGCCUGAGAAACAAAGUGGUCCAGGAGGCCCUGAGGAAAGCUUGCAGGAAAUUGAUGCUACACGUGCCCCUGGCUGAGAGCCACUGCUCUGACAGCUCGCUGAUUGAUGCCCAUACUCCACCUCAGCAGGAGGAGUAA